ACACAUAGAAAAACUUUACAAUGGCUGCUUAUGUUCUCGACUGUGAUUGAUCAAUUUCUUACGGCUUGAGGACCUAUUUGAGACCCGGCUAUACUAUACUGAUCGUACGUUGCGUUACCACGUGCUCGUAAGAAAAGCGUCAUGGUGUCUGCAGUCCGUGAAGUCAAUGGAGCUAGAGAAAAUUGUCGUCUGCCAUAACAUAACCUUCUCGAGUUCUUCGAUACGGUAAUAAUCAAGUAAAACGAAUAUAACUUUGUUCAGUGACUGCUACACUCAGAGCGUUUCACGAUGUCGGAGAUUACAAGCGAAACAGCGCCAGCUGAAACGGAAACGAAUGCUGAAGAUCCGAACGCUGUUUCAGAAGAGGACAAAACAUACUUAACACAGUAUGUGCGGGAAACGGAGCAAAGACUUGCAACAAAGGAAGAGAUCCGUGCGGCUAAUCUGAAUCCUACAAGACCGCCAGAUACAUCAUUCAGUAAGCUCGAUUCAAGCCUCAAGCGGAAUACUACUUUUGUCAAGAAACUAAAGAAUUUUAGCAUGACUCAACUCGACACUGUGCUGAAAGACAUGACGAACUUGAACCUGACCAAAUACAUAAGCGAAGUUGCUACGGCUCUGGUGGACGCCAAAAUAAAGAUGACCGACGUUGCACCCGCCAUCAGAGUGUGCAGCUUCCUCCACCAGACGUACGCCGAGUUCUCUACUCAUUUCUUCGAAAACUGGCAAAGAAUACUGUCACUGAAGAUCGGCGACAAAAUUGCGAAUCCCAGCAAGCUGAGAGUAGAUCUUCGAUUCUACGCGGAGCUAGUGAAUGCUGGAAUAUUCACGCACAAGCAAGGUCUACCGCUGCUGGGCUCUGUGCUGACGGUAUUGAUCAAUAUGGACAAGGAGGAUCACAAUAAUGUCAGCAUAAUAUUGAGCUUCUGCCGGCACUGCGGCGAGGAUUAUGCUGGCCUAAUUCCUAAGAAGGUACGAGAGCUGUCCGAGAAAUUGAACGUCUCGAUUCCUAGGAGCAAACUGCUAUCGCCAGACAAGCAGCAAAAUGUCAAACUGCUAUUGCGAGAUUACUACAACUCCCUGUGCAAGCAUCUACUGAAGGAGCAUAAGGAGCUGCAGGCGUUCGAGAAGCAGAAUCGCAAGAUACUGCAGACCAGAGGCGAAUUGAGUUCGGAGAGGAAGGAGAAGCUGGAGGCUCUGCAAGUGUCUUACGAUCGUUUGCUAACCAGCGUGCAAAGUUUCUCCGAGACGCUGGAUGAACCGAUGCCUGAGCUUCCAGUAGACAGCGAGAUGAAGACGGAAGCAGAGGAGACGCUAAAAAUGAUCAACGAGGGUGAGGAUAGCAGUAUGCUGGAGGAUAUGUGGGGUGAUGAGGAAACGAAACGCUUUUACGAGUCGCUGCCGAAUUUGACGGUCUUCCUACCAGGAUCAUACCAGGUUCCCUCGAAGGAAACCUCAAAGGACACAGCGAAGGCAGACGCGCCGAUAACCGAAGAUGCUCUAGACGAGGAGAUAGUGUUCGACGAGCUAGAGGAGACCGAGAAGCCCGAGGAGCCGCCGGAAAUAGAGGUGGAGGAGCCACAAGUAUCCAGUACGAGCAAUAAAAUACUACUCGACGCCUUCUUGGCGCAUCUGCCGAAUUGCGUGAAUCGCGAAUUGAUCGACAACGCUGCGGUGAACUUCCUGCUGAAUCUCAAUACGAAGCACAACAAGAAGAAGCUGGUGAAGGCUCUCUUCGGAGUCUCCAGGAUCCGCCAGGAUCUACUGCCGUUUUAUUCCCGCCUAGCGGCUAUCCUCUAUCCGGUGAUGCCCGAAAUCGGCAAUGACUUGUGCCAGAUGUUGAAACAAGAUUUCAAAUAUCACGUGCGCAAGAAGGAUCAGAUCAACAUCGAGUCGAAGAUCAAGGUAGUCCGUUACAUCGGCGAGCUCGUCAAAUUCAAGCUCUACUCCAAGAUAGAGGCGUUGUAUUGCCUUAAGGUGCUGCUACACGACUUUACGCAUCAUCACAUCGAGAUGGCGUGCAACCUGCUAGAGAUUUGCGGUCGAUAUCUCUUCUGCUCACCGGACUCGCAUCAAAGAACUAAAGUUUAUUUGGAACAGAUGAUGCGCAAAAAGGCGGUCACAGCACUUGAUUCGCGCUACGUCACGAUCAUCGAGAACGCGUACUAUUACGUAAACCCGCCCGAAUCGACCGGUGGCAUCACGAAGAAGGAUAGACCACCCGUGCACGAAUUCAUAAGAAAAUUGCUCUACCAGGACCUCUCCAAGACGAAUACGGACAAGGUGCUCAAGUGGAUGCGUAAACUAGAUUGGGAGGAUGAGAGCGUGUCGUCCUACGCGAUAAAAUGUCUCACUGCCGCCUACAACGUCAAGUACCCUAAUAUUCGUUGCGUCGGUAGCUUAUUAGCCGGCCUGGUGGCCCAUUACGAAACCAUAGGGCCUCAAGUAGUCGACGGGGUGCUCGAAGAUAUACGUUUAUGCAUGGAGAUUAAUCUGCCCAAGUUCAAUCAGCGACGCAUCGCCAUGGUCAAGUACCUGGGCGAACUGUACAACUACCGGAUGGUCGAAAGUAGCGACAUCUUUCGUACCUUGUACCUGCUCAUCACCUUCGGCGUGAGCGUGGACCACUCCUCGCCGAGCAUCCUAGAUCCAUCCGAUCAUCUCUUCCGCAUUCGUCUGGUGUGCACACUGCUGGAGACCUGCGGACAGUACUUCAGCGGCGGUUCCAGUAAGAAAAAGCUCGACUACUUCCUCGUUUUCUUUCAGAAUUACUUUUGGUUCAAGUACACGGAUCCAGUCUGGACGGCAGAGAAUCCGUUUCCCGUCGGCGUGGAUUACAUGUACCGUGAUACGUUAACGAUGCUGCGGCCGAAAAUGCAGCUGUUCCAGAGCUACAAAGAGGCGCAGUGCGCCGUAGAGGAGCUGCGUAACACUCUCUACCCAACCCUGGGUAACCCUCCCGUUGACGAUGCUCCUGCCGAAGGCGAGAACGAUAUGGGCGUAAUCAUGGAGGCCGAUGAGGAAUCAGCGAUGGCUGGAAAUGGUAGCGGCGACGCAAAGGGCAUAGCCGAGUUACACUUCGAGGAAUCGGAGGAUUACUCGGAGGCACAAUCCGAGGAGGAAUGGACCGCCGAUGCAGAACGAGACGGCACUCAGGAGAAUACCCAAGGCGAUCAGAGUUUGUCGGCGGAAGGCGGUACCGAGGGUGUGAUCAUGGACGUGACCGAGGAAUUGAGCGCCGCUUUACCUGCUGGACCACGACGCGUGAAUUGUCCGGAGGACGACGACUUUCUCUCAGCGCUGGACAAGAUGGUAUCGGACAAUAUACAGGACCGCAUGCGGGAUUCGGUGAAGCCACAGCAGGUUGACAUCUCCGUACCGUUACAUGUGAAGAGCACGAAAAAGACAUACGAGCAGCUUCAGGAAAGACCGACCGACAACAGCACGGUGGACUUUGUGCUAAUGCUGAGAAAGGGCAACAAGCAGCAAUACAAGAAUUUGGCAGUGCCGGUGUCGUCCGAGUUGGCCAUGAAUCUCAGGAAUCGCGAACAGGAGCAAAAGGAAGAGAAGGAGCGCGUGAAGAGACUGACUCUGAACAUCACUGAGAGGCAAGAAGAGGAGGAUUACCAAGAAACCAUGAACCAGAGUACCAGACCGGUUACUGUGAAUCUAAACAGAGAAAGACGACAGAAGUAUAAUCAUCCCAAAGGAGCGCCAGAUGCCGAUCUCAUUUUCGGACCGAAAAAAAUUCGAUAAAUUUAUAAUCGGACGGUGUUGUGUUAUGUUUUAUCGAUGAUGUAUCUGUGAAGUGCGAACUUAUAUUGAAUUAUAAUUAUAAUCAGUUAAUCAUAAUUAUAAUUAGUUAGUUAUCACCUUUUACUUUUUACUCUUUACAUCUAGUAUCUAGUUCGAGACCGAACAACAUCGUGUUUUGAAGAUACGUGUAUUAUAUGUACAAAUAACGUGUUGGUACGUUUAUUAACGAAUCAGAGGCCGUGUGGCUGGUAUAAGUACUCUCAUUAAGUUAGGAUAACUAAUUUCGAACGUAUAAAAUUUAUUAUUUCUCUGGUCGAAAUAUGAGAAAAAUAAUAAUAAAAAAAAAGAAAUUUAUCAAUACGGACAGCUGUUGCAACGCACUGCCGAUUUUUAAAUACGCAUUAGCGCAGGAUUUAUUGUACCAUGCAAAUGCACUUGUAAUGCAAUUGCAAACAUGCGUUGUAUGUCAUUUAUCAUAUAUUAUGCUAUACAUAGUAUAUCAUAUAUGAUCAAUGAUAGUAAGUUCCGUGUGAUGCGAGUGUUAUUACCAGAAAUUUUUAUGGACUUGUAAGUUAUAACUUUACGUUUUUCAACUAAAGUUAUGUUGUGAUAAUAUAUAUGAUCGAUAUACUUCUAUAUGAUACUUUUAACACUAUUACUAUUACUAUUAGUUUGGAGACAAAAAUAUUCUUUUCUCUUCCCUUUAGAGGGAAGUUCACUUGCUCGCGAUACAAGUAAAAUUCGCAGACUGUACUGAACUUUUUAUUGGGAAAACGAAGUGAAUAAAAUGAUUCUACAAU